UCGUGGGCUCUUCGGGCUCCUCACUCGGUUCCGGUGGCAGGUUCGGCCCGGAGGGCUUAGUCCCUCGCCAUGGACUCGCAGAAAGAAGCUCUACAAAGAAUCAUUUCAACUCUGGCAAGUAAGAACGAUGAGAUUCAGAUCUUUAUUGAUACACUAAAUCACACACUCAAAGGAGUUCAGGAAAAUUCUUCUAACAUACUUUCAGAAUUAGAUGAAGAAUUUGAUAGUUUGUACUCUAUAUUAGAUGACGUAAAAGAAAGCAUGAUCACCAGCAUCAAGCAGGAACAAGCCCGUAAAUCACAGGAGUUACAGAGUCAGCUUAGUCAAUGUAACAACGCCCUGGAAAACUCAGAAGAACUACUAGAAUUUGCAACAAGAUCAUUAGAUAUAAAGGAACCUGAAGAAUUCUCAAAGGCUGCCAGACAGAUCAAGGAUAGAGUCACAAUGGCUUCAGCCUUUCGCCUUUCUUUGAAACCAAAAGUCAGUGACAACAUGACACAUUUAAUGGUGGAUUUCUCUCAGGAAAGACAGAUGCUGCAGACUUUGAAGUUUUUGCCAGUUCCAAAAGCUCCAGAGAUAGAGCCAGUAGAGUGUUUGGUGGCUGACAACUCUGUAACUGUAGCUUGGAGAAUGCCUGAAGAAGAUAAUAAGAUUGACCACUUCAUAAUGGAAUACAGGAAAACAAACUUUGAUGGACUUCCACGCGUGAAGGAUGAGCGAUGCUGGGAAAUGAUUGAUAACAUUAAGGGUACUGAAUAUACGUUAUCAGGCUUAAAAUUUGAUUCAAAGUAUAUGAAUUUCAGAGUACGAGCUUGCAACAAGGCUGUGGCUGGAGAAUACUCUGACCCAGUGACCCUAGAGACCAAAGCACUUAACUUCAGUUUAGAUAACUCAUCAUCACAUUUGAACUUGAAAGUUGAAGAUUCCUGUGUAGAGUGGGAUCCUACUGGAGGAAAAGGCCAAGAAAGUAAAGUUAAAGGAAAAGAGAAUAAGGGCAGUGUCCAUGUUACUUCACUGAAGAAACACACAAGAAGUGGUACGCCAUCCCCAAAACGGACAUCUGUAGGCUCCAGGCCACCAACAGUAAGAGGCAGCAGAGACCGUUUUACUGGGGAGUCAUACACAGUGCUAGGAGACACUGCUAUUGAAAGUGGACAACAUUAUUGGGAAGUAAAGGCCCAGAAGGAUUGCAAAUCCUAUAGUGUGGGCGUAGCAUACAAAACUUUGGGGAAAUUUGACCAGUUAGGAAAGACAAACACUAGUUGGUGCAUCCAUGUCAACAGUUGGUUACAGAACACUUUUGCUGCAAAGCAUAAUAAUAAGGUCAAAGCUUUGGAUGUUCCCGUUCCUGAGAAAAUAGGUGUGUUUUGUGACUUUGAUGGGGGCCAGCUUUCUUUCUAUGAUGCACACUCAAAGCAGUUGCUGUACUCCUUCAAGACAAAAUUUACUCAACCAGUACUGCCUGGUUUCAUGGUCUGGUGUGGUGGACUUUCUUUGAGUACUGGAAUGCAGGUUCCAAGUGCUGUGAGAACACUUCAGAAAAGUGAAAAUGGAAUGACUGGUUCAACGAGCAGCCUGAACAAUGUCACUCAGUAAUGACACCUGAGACUGUGAUUACCCCUCCUCCUUGACAGGGUGGCCUUUUCCACGCAUUUCCUAACACAGACAUUUCUGAGUGGUGGAAAUCAGGUUUGCUAUGCUCUGCUUGGAAGCCUGGAACCUGUUAGAUUAAGCACCAAAUAGGAAGCAGCCCCGGGACAGUACUUGGUGUCACAGAAGAAAGCAGUUACGUGCAAGAGGCUGACAUUUGAGUAAUAAAUAGGAAGAGGGUGGUAUUGAAAUAUUUACAUAGAAACCCAUUUUUCUGUUUUGUGAGCUACUCUGACUCGUCUAGUAGGUGUGAUUAUAUAUGGACCCAGGGCCUGGGCUGCAAAGCUUUUAAAGCUUGCCUUUCCUCUGCACCAUGUUCUUGUUUCUCCUCACUAGUUGUCAUUAAUUCCUUUCACUGAAGCUUUAAAACACGAGGUCCCCUAAGGCUUCUAGAAAUUUAAAUCAUUGCCUAGGGAUGGCAGAGAAAUUUUCUUAUAAUAGUGUAUCUCACCCUUUUAUAAAUAAGCUGAGCUUUUGAUAGAGAACUUACUUACUGGGUAGACUCAUAUUAUUUUCUCCUAUAAAAUACUGUGAUAUUGUUCUUAUAACCCAAAAUAUCAAGCAGAUAGGAGGAAUUUCAACAGUGCAAAGGGCAUGGAAUUCACAUGUGCUUCUCUUGAGUCGCACCUUCUGCUCCUCCCUGGCUCCUGGAUACUAUUGGAAAAGCUGAGCUUUCUGAUUUUGUUCUCUUCUUAAAUCCUACCUUUUAAAGCUCUCUUUGAUAGAAAUUUCCAAUUAAAUUUGGCACUGAUGAUAAUUAUUGCUUAUUUUUACCCUUCCUAAUAAGAAUUGAAGUUCGUUAAUUAAGUACAUUAUUCAUUUUUUUGUCUAUGAAAGAUGAUAAAGAAAUAUUCCUAAAGUAUUCUUUUCUGGAAUAAUUUAUAUGUUCUUUCUACAGAGAUAUGGAAUGCUUUAACUAGCAGUUUUGAAACAAAAACUACAUGUAUCUGACUUAACUGACACAUGCUUUUCAAACAAUCAUUUGAAUGUUUUUGUGGGGUUUUUUUUUUUUUUUUUUUUUUUUUUUUUUUUUUGGUCUUUUUGUUCCACUCAUUCACUGUUUAAAAGUUUCUGAUUCUUCUAAAAAUGAACAUGGAUGUCUUUCCCAAACGCACACAUUUCCCAAAGGAAUGUGUGAAACAGUGAGUAAAAGCUGUGGUUAUUAACAGCAAAACCUUCUAUUACAAAUUAGUUAAAACUUUCAACUCAAGUUUUUUGAGCCAAAGUAGAAGUUGAAAUUAUAAAACUGCCUUCAGAACUUUAAAGAAAUGAAAAUUUAACUUUUAAUUAAUUUUUGUGGCUUUUAAUCUUUUUUUGUUUUGAGUAUCUUGGGCUUUGGCAAACUUCCCUGCUGAAGUGUCUGUUGUUGCUUUCUGUGUGUAGUUUGUAUAAUAGUAACAAGUCUUUGCUCUUAAAAUUUACUGCUUACUGACAUGAUUGUAGUUGUUCUGUUGAAGAAACAAAUUUGACCUAGGAUAUAAUUUUUCCAUAUAUCAGAUAUCUACAGUAUUAUUUGAUAACACAUAGGUAGUUUUUAAUACUAAAGCAGUUUACAGAAUGAAAGUAUGUCAAUAUUCUUUGGUUCCCCAAAGUAGUAUUUUACUUUUCAUUUCUCAUAGUUUGAAAGACAUUUUUCAGAGUUCUACUACCUCUAGGAAUGUUUAUUUCAUGACCUAAGGGAAAAGGAAUUGCUCCAUUUUGUAGACUCAUACCUGAAAGCAGUAAUUUACUGGAAUUGCUUGUGUGUGGCUACUCAGUAUGUUUUGUCAAAAAUGACAUGAAAAGGCCAGCUGUUCUUAUAUAGAACUUUUCUUAUGUAGAACUUUUCAUUAUGAUAUCAUAUCAUAGUUGUGUCUUCUUAUUUAUACAGUGCCUUUUCCCUCUACACAUGCUCAUUGUCAACUGAAUUUAAGCCAGCCAGCUUUGUACUGUAGUGGUGAGGGCCUUCUGUUGAGGGCUAGAGGAAUACAUGUGAUUCUUCCUUGUGCUCAUUCCAACAUUUGAGACCUUCUAAAAUUUCCAAACAAUCAUUGGAAAAUGUGUGACUUCUACUGGGAAUGUUUUAUUUUCUCAGAGGAUUUGUAGUAUAAAGUAUAAAGUCAGUGAAUGAGAAUCCAAGUUGUUUUCAUAAAGUGAUAUUUGGUACUAAUUAUUCCUCUAUUUUAAAAUAAGCAUCAGAGGUUUUUCUUCUCUCUGAUUCUUAUUAAGUGUCUCUUAUUUUUUAAAAAAGAACAAAUCUGUAGUAUUUUAGUUUUAAAAAACCUAAGUUUAUUAACGUAAAUGGACGUUUGUCACCCUUCUUUUUAAAUUCAAAAUAAUUGACUGUAGUGCCUACUUAAAUCAUUUCAAAAUAAAGUAACUGUUAACUUAAUCCCAAUAUUUAACAUUAUCAUUAGCAUUAGAGUUACAAAUACUGAGCUUCUUUGCUUAGCUUAGUCUGCUGUGGAAAGCUGGCAAGUCCUCUCCGUCAUUCUUCAUUUCUAAUGUCUGCCUAGCUCAAACACCACUGCUUUCCAUGAAGGAAAUGCAGGAGAGGUGGACUGUAAUGGAUACAUCACAGGUGUAAAAGCUGUUUCAUAAAACAUGUAUGAAGUAUUGUAUUUCCCUUUUAGCAGUUGAACUCCAACCCAGUUUUACCUAGCUGGAAAUAGACAGGAAGAAGCUGCCUUAAGCACUUUAGAAAAGGAAUUUGCUACAAUUCAUUUGACUCAGCUGAUUGUGUCACAUCUUUUAAAUUUGGUAAAUAUGUAUUAUACCAAGAAUUUAAUGACUAAUGCACAUAGAAAUUUAAUAUAUAGUGAUUCUUUGAAUGUUCCAGGCAUAAGUUUUUUAAAAAUGUAUUAAGAGUUUGUCUGUCUGUGGGUUUAAUUGAUAGCACCUCUGUCACGUGACCGUAAACUGCUAGACAACCAGGUGUGACCUUCUGACGCUGUUCUGAAAAUGUUCUGUUCUGAAUAUUCUAAAAUGAGAUACUGACUUGCAUUCAUUGUCUCAUUUAUGGAAUGAAACCAUCAAUAAUAUUAUGUAUAAUCUGAACUUCCAUGAUUGAUCCUUGUUAUAAAUAAGAAAAGAAAAUAUUUAUGAUGAAAUAUUUUAAGUAGGUCAAGAUAUUCUAUUCCCUGACUUACCUAGACUGAUAAGUUUCUCUCUAUAUAUCUUUUCCAUGAAAUUAUAGCUAUUUAUGUAUUUGAAGUUGUUUCUUUCAAAAACAGUUUUUAAAAAAAUUGGGAAGGGAUAUAUAUGGAAAGUGAUAACUCCAAAGAAUAUUAAUCUUAAAAGAAGACAGUAUAGACAUCUUACCAUGAAAUAUAUUCCUCUAGGCUAAGGUGCCUCUUUAGCACAGUAGGUAGUGUGUCAGUCUCACAUUACUCUAGGCUAAAAAUGUAAUUGUUUUAGUCAUAACCUUUAUAGCAUCUUUGUUAGAUGAGCGUAUAAUUCAUAUAAUAGCACAUCAGUUUUAUUACUUUCUGUCCAGGUUUUCAAAACUCAUAGAGUUUAAAUCAUCAUAGCAGCUCAUUCUGCUGUUUUUGCUUUUAUAGUCUUGAUCUAAAAAUAAUGUUUAGUUAGUACGUCAUUAAAUUCCUAAAAACAUAUAUUCAUGGGUUGGCAAGAUGGAUCACAGGAAAAGAGCUACUGCCAAGAUGACUGUGUUUGUUCCCUGGGAUGCAGAUAGAAGGGGAAGAGCAACUCUUGCAAGUUGUCCUCUAACCUACACACACACAUGCACGCACGCACGCACGCACGCACGCACGCACGCACGCACGCACGCAUGCACGUGGACACACACACACCCAGGAUGUAACUUCAAAUAAUUUAAAGUAUGUUUGUUGCAGCUUUAAAAAACCUCAUCAAAUCAACUACACAUAGUAAUAUUGUAGUUAAUUCUGUUACAAAUUUUAUUGUAACAGAGUCUGGAAAAGUUUCUUUCCUGGUUUUGUUUUUACACUAUAUACAGUCUAUAAGAGGUAAGCAUGAAUUUACUUAGUAUUCAAGUCCCCAUUAAGUUGUUAUUUUCAACCAGAUAUAUCUUUCAUAACUCCAGCACUCAGAACUACAGUAGGUAAUAAAACUUUUCUUACCGAGUAUCAUCACAGCAACAUUACCUCAUGUUUGGUAUUGUUAGUUUUAUCUGUAUCUUAACAGUGUUCACAUUUGUGAUUCUAAUGUCAGUAUUGUGUUACCUGAGAGGUAUGAUUAACCUGAAUACCAUAGGAAUUUUCCACCAGUUGGAAUUUAUGUGGGUUGUUUGCUGCUGCUGUUUGAAUUGAAAGGUUGUACAUGCCAUAUGAAUGUUAAUAAUAUUGGCUUAGUAAUCAUUGCCAGAAAUUACCAUAGAACUUUUAUCGUGACUACCCAACCAUAUUAAAAGAGUACUUUUUCUGGGUUAAUAUGAUAUACUGACUUUGAUACAUCAUCAUUUUAGUUAUAUUUGUUUAAAGUUAUAUAUUUUCUUAAUAAUAGUCACCUUAACUUGGUGCUUAGGAAGAAAUAUGUAGAGGAUUUGCAGUAUGUAGGACAGGGUCAGUGACUGUAUUUUCUUGACUUGGAAAUUUAUACCAAUUUUAAAAGAAGUCAAAUUGGAAGAGAUUAGUAAAACAUUUUAAUAAUAUUGGAACUUUUUGGAGAGUACAGGACUAUGAGAAAAAAUUCUUUUGAGCAUUUCCAGUAUCUCUAAGGUACCAAAGGACUGAGUCUCAUUGAUCUUUUAAUGUAGACUCUAAAAUCAAAUUCAUAACUGAUUCUAUUAAGAUAUAAUAGCUAAAGUUGGGGAAUAGCGUCAUUAAAAGCUGCUAGGCUUUAAGAUUUUUGGCAUUCUUUUAAGUAUUUAAAAUUAAUCAUUAUAGUUCUCCCAUACAAUAAUCUAUGACCUCUUUGUAAAUCACUCACCACCUUUCGGUCUCUAUUGCCUUACUUAAAAUAGUGUAUAUUGUAUAGCCUACCUCACAGGGCUGUUGUGAGGAGUGUAAUGAAAUGGAGUCCUCUGUAAAGGGUGCAGGUGUCAUUAAUAAUGGCUGUAUGUAUUUGGAUACUUGUAAAUGCUGUUUACUUUGAAAAAGCAUGUUCUUAAAGUUGGUAUUACCAGUGAUUUUUAAAUGAUUUUUUAAAAGAUGACUUCCUAUUAAAAUGUCUUCUAUUAUUAAUUUACAUUGUGCAUGACAGUCUUCAUAUAUUGUCUCAUCAACUACAUAACUUCUAGAGUUGUAAAGUUCCUCCAUAGCAUUCAUGUGUAGAGUGGAACCUAAAUAAGCAAAUUACUUCAGCUCCUUUUCCAUCAGGAAUUUGCACUUUCCAUUUAGGAUAGACUGGUAGCCCUUGCAGAGUGAAUUUGGAUGAAAUAACCCUUCUCCUACAACAAGAUGGUUUAACUAUUUGUUGCAUUUGGCAAAUAUUCAUCAGCUUUAUUGAAAAACAUUUCAAAACCUUGUUCAUUAACCUAUAUCAAUUAUUAUCUGAACAUAUUUGUGUUGCUCUAAAUUGGACAUAUUAAAUGGUUUACAAGUUAUCCUACUCUACAGGAUUUUGGUAUGUCUAUUAUCUGGACAUGAUUUUGCUAUGCAGCUGUGAUAACAAAAAUUCCAGUUCCUCAGGUUUAACCUUUAAGUUGUGGAUGAAGACCACUAUAAAAUACACAUGAUAGAUCAGUGCUACAAGAGUGUUUGAAAUGAGCACAGUGCCUCAUUUUCCUUAGAAACAAAACAAAGCCUUUUAAAUGCUGUUUUUAAACUUAAAAUGGGUAUAAAGUCCAGUAACUUGUUUGUUGAAAUGAUUGUAUGUUAUGUAUAAUAUGUUCUACUUCAGGUUUUCUCAAAAGCCCCUGUAUUAUCCCUUCUAAAAAUUAAACAUUUUCUUUGCUUUC